CACGCAACAGCCGUAGUCCGCGAGAGGUUGAAUUGGGCGUCGUUAUUGUUGUUCGUGCAGGCGGGAGCUCGACAAUCCGCCCUAAGCCAGUUGCACGUUGCAAUUCACGAUAGACGACUUCACUUUUCAGCCAGCCAGAACGACAACCCAGAACAUGAAUUGUUGUAAGGUUGCGAACUCGCAAUUUGAAGAAAGAAGAUGAAGAAGAGAAGCACAAUGCUGAGUUAAGAGAGGAUAGUACCAAAGCACGCUCGAUAUCCCUCUCCACCAUGGUGCAGCAGCUACCAGAGCAGAGACCGUCAAGGAGACCUCACGUCGCGGUCGACAUCGCGACUCUGCUCCUCAGGGCUCAUGUCAAUGCAAGGCCAGAUCAAAACAAAUACCCAAUACAGUAAUAAGCGUUUCAUCGGCUCGCCCCUCGCUCCCCUGGUGGCUCUUUGUUAUGAAUGAGAAGACGCGACAGGCCGUCUUCCGAGUGGUCAGGGCUGGACUCGGGGGGUCGCAGGGACGGAACGAUUGGAUGCGCUGCUCUGAAGCGCGUAAAGAGGUGGUGGAGGCGGGGCUUUGAGACUUUCAUGACAAUGGAACACAACAUCGCGACUUUUUAUUAUGGGGUUUCUGGAUCUGUUGCCGCUGUUAUGAGUUUCAGAGUGGAAAGUAAAGUGCUGGACUGCUGUUAGACAAUCAAACCCAGAUAAAUUUACUGGAUAAAGUUGCUAGGAUGCGAGCAUGUUUACCUAGGUAGGUACGAAGCAAGGGUACUCGGGUACUCCAUGGAGAGGAGAAUAUGUACUGUAUCCGCCGCGGCGCCGCCUCCCCCUCGCCAAGUUUUCCAAUUGUUGGCAUCGACUGCCAGUCUCUGCCAGUCUCUGCCAGUCUCUGCCAGUCUCUGCCAGUCUCUGCCAGUCUCUGCCAUGGAUGGGACGAGAAUAAUUCACCCGAAAAGUCCAGCCGCGAUGACGGUGUAGUGUAGUUCACCCGGCAUACUCCCACCAGGACCGUGAGUCGUGAGUCCCUUCCCUGACGCACGACAGCAGCCCGACGGCCACUUUUCAGUCGUGCUUGUCGGUCCGACGAGUGCUAGUCUCCUUGUCAUUGACGAUUGCAUCCAUGUUUUGGAGCCGCUCGCUCGCCUUCUCCCCGCUUGUCAACCUACCCCUCCUUUCCUACUGGCAAGACUUAAGAGUGCUGGUCCCAGACCCCGCAGAAAAUUACCAGUGAGGGGAAUCUGGAGAUUGGAGAUGGGCCUGUCAAGCGGCUGCUCCUUGGUAAACCCCCGUCAUACCUGUGUGCUUCCUAGUCAGAUGAGGAGAAGGAAGAGGAGAAUGGGUAAAGAGUAAAAAGUCAAUCUGAAAAUGACUACUGCAAUGGAGUACGACUGCCUACUCGAUCGAGAAGGCGAAGACGUGCCGUCAGAAAGCUAUAAAGACGGUACUUCAUCCCGCCUCGAAACUGUCUCCCCAGUUCGUCAGAGCCCAAGCCAAUCGAUCCCAACCAUCAUGUUGUUCCUAAGUCUUGCCUUUGCUGCGAUUGCAGUUGCACAGAACGCUUCAACCGCUCUUACUCCUGCAACGACUACAGCAUUCGAUGCUGGAGUUCCGACAGAUGCGCCCAUUCCAGGUGACUACAAUGGCCAAUGGCGUCCACAGGUCCAUUUCUCACCACCCAGUAAUUUCAUGAAUGACCCGAAUGGGUGUUUCUUGGACAGCAAUGGAACAUGGCAUCUCUACUACCAAUACAACCCUACCUCAACAGUAGCAGGAAACCAGCACUGGGGACAUGCCACAUCCAAAGAUCUCUACACCUGGCAAAACGAGAAGAUCGCCAUCUUCGCCACCCCCAAUUCCCAGAUUUUCUCCGGUAGCAUCGUGAUUGAUACAAACAACACAUCCGGCUUCUUCCCCAACCAGACAGAUGGCGUAGUAGCAAUCUACACACUUAACACCGCAGCCGAGCAGACGCAAGAGAUUGCCUACUCCUUCGACGGCGGCUACACCUUCACCAAUUACACCUCCAACCCCGUCCUCCGCGCCUCUCCACCAUCAACCCAAUUCCGUGACCCGAAAGUCAUUUGGUACGAGGAUCACUGGGUGAUGGUUAUCGCCUAUGCCCAAGAAUUCGUGAUCGGUAUCUUCACCUCCCCUGAUCUCAAAUCCUGGACUCACGCCUCGAACUUCACAUCGCACGGUCUUCUCGGCCUGCAAUAUGAAUGCCCGAACUUGGUCUCCAUGCCUGUGCUAGGCGGAGACAAGAUGUGGCUGUUGGCGAUCAGUGUUAACCCUGGUGCGCCUUUGGGUGGUUCGAUCACGGAAUACUUCCCUGGAAGUUUCAACGGGACGCAUUUUGAGGCUGUGGACGGAGCAGCUAGGAUUGCGGAUUUUGGAAAGGAUAGUUAUGCUGGGCAGUUCUUCUAUGGAUUGCCUGAAGAGGCUGAUCCUGUUUUCAUCGCAUGGUCCUCCAACUGGCAAUACGCCCAACAGGUGCCCACCGGUACCCAAGAAGGCUGGCGUUCCGCCAUGGGCGUUCCCCGGCGUUCCUACCUCGUCUCCAACGCCACCCGCACAGGCUGGGCUCUAAUCAGCACACCCUACGACCUGUCCCCCAUCCUCCUCCCAGAACCCCUCAUCACCAAUGCCUCCCUCGGCAACAACACCCUCCUCGCCUCCUACAGCUCCGUGUCCAGCGGCGCUCUCUACUUCCGCGUCAACGUGACUAAGCUCCCUGCUCUCUCACGCGCACAGGGUACACUCAACUUCACGUUCUCCUCCUCGUCCACGCGGGAGUCUGUUUCUGGUGGAUUCUAUUUCGGUGGCGACAAUCCAUUCUGGCUCUCCCGGGCCAACGUCCUCGGCUUCGGGCAAACCAACCCCUUCUUCACGGAUAAAUUCUCCAUCGGCAAUGUGCUUAACCCAGAUGGAACAUUCACGCUAGAGGGUGUUAUCGACAGGAGUAUUCUCGAGGUGUUUUUGGAUGGCGGAAGAAGCAGUGGGACAGUGACGUUUUAUCCCGAGGGCGUGCUGGAUACAGUUGAGAUUAGGGCUGGGGGAUUGAACGAGGAGACUGUUAUUGGGGUGGAGGUUUGGGGGUUGAAGAGUACGUGGGCUGAGCAGGCGAGUGAGGAUGGAAUUGUGUAUGGAAAUGUUGGAGGAAGUGCAAGUGGAAAUGCGACGCAGGUGGUGAGGAGGAAGGUGUAAUUUAAACGAGUUGUAGAAGAGGCUGGGGGUUUGAGUCUGCAGAGGAGGAGCUCAAAUAAUGAGAAUACGAUGAUGAACUGAAAAAUGUUCUGCGUGUAAGCCUCAGUCAACUGGUGCUCUAUGCAUGCCACGACUCCUCGACUGCUUAACACGAAUUCAGAAGAGCUCGCCGCUGUCCGUUGGCGAGGCCGCCCCUGAUGUGAGCCACAGCCACU